AGUGCCCCAACCACGUCGCGGCGUCUUCGAAAAUCCCAAAAAUUGGUUCCCAAGCAAAAGCAGCGUGGAGGCGUCGUCGCGAUUCGUCUAUUGCAGCGUUUGUGGGUAAACAUCGCGAGUUUAGGUUGGAAUAUGCGCGGCACAUUCCUAAAGGCGGUGUCCCUCAGUGUUUUCUUACCUGAUAAUGUGAUAACGUGGGCCUAGAAAAAAUAUCAACAAGCCCAGCACACACCAGAAAACUAAGAUGGGUGGUAGCUGUUUGUCCGCGGAAUGAGAAAAUGUUAACAUUAUUUGCGCUGAGUUGUUGCAAGAGUUAUCGCGCAUCGGAAUCCUCAGGCUCAAAGCGUUGUGGCGCUUUGUGUGGCUUGACAACUUGUGGGCUCUCGCUUGGCUGAACUCAGCAAAAGCAAAGGCAAAAGCGUGCGUAAUAUGAUCGCGACCGUUUAUCAUGAAUUGCAAUGUUAUCUGCUGAGUAUGUUUGCCAGUAGCGAAAUUUCGAUACAGUCAAUCAUCUUCUCCUUUUUCCUUGAAGUGUGUGUGUGUGUUUCUAACCGAUAAGUUAAGUUCAAUAAUAAUCACAGAAUCGUGAGUAGCUGUGUUCCCACCGGCUAAUCGAAUGAACGAUCAGCUGGUAGCCCAGGAAAAAAAAUCCUAUUGAAUGUAAAUUCUAUAUCUACCGGUGAAGUGCUUCUGUGAAAGCUGAAUCAGCAUAUGUGGUAACAAAUAUUGUUAUUGAAGAAAACAUACUCGAUGACAAAGUGAAGAAAUUAAGUUUAUCCGCGUUCAACAAACAAGAUGAUUAUACGAUUCAUGUAUUCUAAUUUACGUGAGCAACUGUCAGUGCAACUGAGCUACGACUGGAGAUUGUGAUUUGAGAGAUCAGCAGCAACAUACCGGCAGAUAAAAGUGCAAGAUCAGUGCUGCCAUGCAAAGUGCAAACGACUAUAAUAUGCUGCUCUGACUCCCUGUUAAGGUAAUCGCUUUCGACCGACAAAACAUGGGUAAAUCGACUAGCAAAUUAGAUAAACGGCGGUCUCAGAGUAUCUCCUGGAGUCACAAAUUUGGAUCUCUCAACCGGAGGCGACGUCAUGACCCGACGAUGGUCAUCACUUCCUGUCCGCAUCUGGAAGUGCGGGAUUGGCUGAAGCGACUGAACCUGGAGGAUUGUUAUGACAAAUUCAAGCAGUUCAAUGGCGUGGAGGACUUCCUGUACUACAGCGAGGCGGACAUUAAAAAAUUGGGCAUCCGAAACAAUGCUCAUCGGGCGCGAAUCGUCAGCAGCCUGGUGGCACUGCGGGAAAAACCUUCGACGGGUAGCCUGCAUCGAUCGGAAACGUUGAAAAAAUCGAUGCGCCAUAGCAUGGCAGCAGACAUGGCCAAGAAAAGUGCAACCGGAAACGAAGAUGCGGCAACCAGCUAUGAGUGUCUGACGGUUGGAAAAACGAAGCAGAGCAAAAGUCUGGGCGAUCUGUUAGAAAUGGAAUCACCGCAGGAUGGCGGCGGCGGAGGAGGUGGAAGUGGCACCGGAAAUGGCGGCGGCAACGAAGCCGUCGCCCUCAAGAAGGCCCUGGAGUGGGAACUGUCGCUCGAUUCCAGAGAUUUACGGUCCCAUGGUUGGUAUCAUGGGCCGAUUCCUCGGCAGCGGGCCGAGGAAAUUGUGACGCGGGAGGGCGACUUCCUGGUGCGAGAUUGCGUCUCCCAGCCGGGGAACUACGUGCUAACCUGCCGGACCAAGGGACAAACGCUGCACUUUGUCAUCAAUAAGCUGCUGAUUCAACCUGAAACCGUAUACGAAAGAGUACAAUACCAGUUCGAGGACGACGCGUACGACACAGUUCCUGAUUUGAUUACCUUCUACGUCGGCUCAGGACAAGCAAUUUCGGCGGCUUCAGGAGCUCGGAUUCAGUUCCCUUGCAAUCGAAUCUAUCCCCUCUCUUUUUAUGCCUCCAAGUAUGGACAGUAUCAGCAGGGAAUGCGGGGACCAAAUUCCCCUUCUCCGGUACCAUCGUCACCUGGAUUUAGAUACAAUCCCUACACCCAGCAAACGAACACAUAUCGCAGUCCGAUGUCUUCGCCACCGAGAACUAAACGUGAAACGCCACCUCGGUUGCCGUCGAAGAAACAACGUUCGCAAUCUCUGACGCCGCUGCAUGGCGCACAAAAUACGCAGCAAAGGUAUUGUAGUGCCGAUGGGGUCAUUCAAAGCAACGGAUCGUCUCCGCCGGAUAGUAAAACGCUUCCUAAACCAACAAGACUGGCUGGAUCGACGGAAAAGUGCAACAGUGCCGAUGGGGUGAUACAUCAGGACUCCUCGGCUCGAUCGACUCCAGCGGUAGAUGAAAAAUGUUCAAGCGCCGAUGGUGUAGUCAAGACACAGAACUUGAACCGAUCGAUUUCCCAGUCGCUUCCACGAUCGAACAGCUUGAGAUCUUCGCACGGUAUCAUGGGCUCGAGAGCUUCCAGCAUCAACAAGGAACCUAGCGAACACUCGUUGAGUCCUUGCAUGGAGCAGAAACACUUUGCAGAAGAUGAUGAAGAAACGGAGCAAGUUCCUAGUCCGCCUCCAAAACCGAUACGUGGAGUCAAUAGAAACGACUCUAUGAAAGAAUCGGAUCGAAACGGGGCUAUUCAUCGAAUGGGUUCCUACCAUCCCAGUGGCUCAGACUCUGGAAACGGUUCCGGUGACUCGGCCCAGAGCUCCGCUACUGGAGAAGACAUUGCCCCGCAGCAUCGGGGUGGCGUAAUACUUAAAAAUCCACGUUUCAUCCCGAACUCCAUGUCCUCGGUCACCUUGCGAUCGUACGUGGAUUUUGACCCUUUGGCGGCUGAAGAAGCACUACUAUCGAUGCCUAUUCCAACGUACGAGCAGGUCUCGCGAUACGAUUUGGAAAACUUCAACACGCUGAUGCUUCCAUUCUGUGAUUACAAGCCACUGGACAGUGGAACGCUGAAUACGUUCCGCAUGAUGUUGGCUGAAACAGGGGCACGAGUGAUUGCCUCGCAUCUUACCCGGGUCGAUAUCAGUUUGAUAUUAGACCAUUUUACACACACCGACCAGGAGUCUGGUGAAAAGAAAGAUAAUCUCCUGAACUGCUCAGGGCUGGAAUUGAUCACCCUGGAUCAUGGUCGCCAGUUUCGGCUAGAUCUAAUUGAGCGAACCGAGUGCAUGAAACUGCUGGUGGCCGUUACCAUUCUCACCUGCCCUGAUGAUCUGGAACGGGCCGAAACUUUGAACAAGUGGAUCCAGAUCGCGGUUGAAACGAAAACUGCCCUAGGUAAUCUCUUCGGAUUUUGUGCCAUAAUGUUGGGUCUCUCGAUGCCUCAGAUACAAAAACUGGAAACCACGUGGCACACAUUGCGCCAAAAGUACACCGACAGUGCAUUUAAUUUCGAAGCCAAACUACGACCUACGCUCAACAGCAUGAACGACUGCUCAAAUCCACAGGCACCGAACACGACGAUACCGCACGUACUGCCAUACAUUUUGAUUAAGGAUCGUUCCAUCAACGACAUUCUUGGUGACCCAACGCAGCCACCGCCCUCGAAUUGUACCCUGGUGGCAAGCUGUGUGACCCCCUGGGAAAAUAUUACCCAGGAUUUUGGGUUCUCCAUCUUGUUUGCUCACCUGGAUGCGGCGCGGAGUUUUAUAAAAAAUUUACCCCUUUACCGGAAGAAUGCCAACAUUGUGAUGCAGGAUACCAGCCGACUGGAUGCGCUGCUCGAGGAUGCGUUCAGAACCGAGUUCCAGAUCAAGUUCCUCUGGGGCAGCAAGGGCUGCUUCGUACCGGCCGAGGAUCGCCACGCCAAAUUUGAACACGUGCUCACCGUAAUGGCGGAUAAAUUCUGUUCGGAUCCAUCGCAAAAUGCCGCCGGCUAGAGAAGCAUCUAUUUAUCUUUCACAUCUUUCCAGAAGGCAAAAAAAAAACAAAGAAAUCAAUCACUCAAACGAAUUCGAAUCAUCAGUUUUCUACGCUAUACACUACACAGUUUUUACUUGCGAGUUUAUAGGAAUAAAAUAUUUAAAAAAAAGUCACAGUCAUUCGUAGGUUCAUUCCAAUUUGCGAUUCUCGUAGUAAAAGUUUGGUAUUCAGAUAUGUAUAAACACACGCAAACAUCAAAAAGCAUCUCCAUAGUCGUCAUACACGAAAUUUAUAAUGGCAUUAUACCUAAUUAGGUCGACACGAAAGUAACGAAACAACAAAAUUACGUACUAAAUAUAAUUAGCUCAAAUAUUGAAAGAUACACCAAAAAAGGACAAAAUGAAGCAACGUUAAAUCAAACAGCUUGAAACAAUAAUUGGUAAGUGGAAAUGAAAAUGUGUGAAAAACACAAACGAAAUUACUUACAACAGACAGCAGAAGGAAUUUUCCUAGUUUUUGGAUACAUUUUUAGAACAAUUGCCAAACGUGAGUCGAGCGAUUUUACGCUCAGAUCACCAGAAACUGAACUACAGAACAUUGAAGUUGAUGAUUCUUAACUUGAAACGAGACCCCAAAAACUUAGAGACUCAAUCAAAGUUGAAUCGAUUUCUUGGGUUUAAUUUUUUUUUAACAACCAAAGUAACGAAUUGAUACAACUUUAAAGCCGGUUGAGUACAGAAUUUGACAUGAAAAAAAAAAGAAUCUGUUCGAAUUUCAAAUAAGACAUUCAAUAAAUAAUUGAAUUCAUCGUUAUUCGAACUCAACCCCUGAUAUGUGUCACACUUUUCCUAUAAAAUUCUACCUGAAGCAAUACUGCACGUAUAUCAUUCGAAAUAGAAACAAAAACAAAAACGUUGAUAUUGGUUUGUGAAACCUUUCCUCAUACCCCUACACUUAUACAAUCGAACUUUAAUCUCAACUUUCUUAAAAUAUAAAAAAACCCUUUUCCUAAAAAACCUUUUCGAGGAAAUGAAAAUGCUGGAAAACAACCUAACGAAAGAAUUUCGGUGCAGUCAUUUGAAAUCAAGACAUAUUACAGCUGAAAAAGGCAACAUUUGAGAAUGAAAAUUUCAAACAUAGAAAGAGAAAAAUACAACAAAAAUAAAUAAAUAUACAACUGCAAAAGAGUAACAAACAAACUACACAAAGCUAGUUAAAAAAGUGGAUAAAUAAAAAGAAAAGAAACUGUAUGAUAAUAAAAAUGAUAAAAAGCAUGCAUACUAUUUAUAAACUAACUGAGCUACAUAUGGGAACCCUUUUCAAUGAGAAGUGCAACUAAAGAUGAAAGUACUGAUUUGAAUACAACUACAAAAGAUUAAGGAUACACACAUUUGGUUCAACUACAGAUGAUGUUUUAUCUUAUUUCUUACCUCUUUGUGUAUCACCUUCCCAAGACAGAGUUGAGGAUAGGUUAAAAAUCUGUAUUAAUCCAAUCGCUAUGAUUAGAAAAAAAAACUACAAUAAACACAGGAACAAUUUGAGUGCGGGUCUGAAGCAAAAAGUAUUACGUAAUGCAGGAUUAGGUCUGGAGUAAGAAGAAUGUACUUAUGUGUAUGUACAGUUAUGUUGUACAUAUUCCCAUGUUUGCAUUAUCCUUUUGGUUUAGUUAGACUAUUUUCCCCGGACUUCCGUUUCGAGCGAUAAAGUGAAAGAAAAAUCGAAGCUAUCGAACAUGAAUGAUAUAAGUAAAGUAAGCAGUCGAAAUCAAACAAUAAACGGAUGUUGAAAGGAGAGGGCAAACUUGCCAGAAGAACGAAAAUCAUUUGUGGAAACAUUGUAUUUGGCAAAAGUAUGAUAUUUAAACAGUAAAAAUAUGAAAGUAAUAAAUUAUUUCA